UGCGCGUGCGCACUUGCGCUGCUUGCUCACCUGCCUGCCGCUUCUGUGAGGGGGACCCAGCAAAGAGGCGACGCUGCUGCUGGCAAGGAAGGGGGCAACAGCAGGGGAGACGACAUCCACGACCAUUAAUUCUCCUCCUCCCUCGGGGGCGCGGUCGUGAGGAACACUGAGCCAGGAAAAAAGAAGAGACGUUGCUGCCGCUUCCUCUCUCUGGGCCCGGAAGGAGAGCGAGCGAGAGACCCUGACUGUGCAGCUUCGCCUUCAUUGCCAUCCCCGCCCCCGGCGACCUCCGCGCCCCCCCCCCCCCCAUCGCAGUCAUGUUCAAGAAACUGAAGCAGAAAAUCAGCGAAGAACAAACGUCGCCGGCGCCGCGAAGUCCCAGCAGACGCGUCCCCAGCAGCAUACCCGAGGGAUCCUCUACAUCUUCACCAUCCACAGUCAGGAGCAGAACAUCUUCACUUGUAGAGCAAAAUGAUGAAGGCACUUUAACACCCAACAAAGAGCUGCUAGCUGGGAUGAUAGCAGAGCCUGCUUUUCUUUCUGAGUAUACUGUCUUUGCUUUGGACCCUACCAAACGACCUAAACCACAAAGUGGGAGUGUGAAUGUAUCUAAACACACAACUCCCAGCACUAAUAACCGUGAAAGUGAAUCAUCUUCCCCACAGCCUAGCGAUGUUAAGUUACUGUUUCAGCAACUUCGGGCUCCAUCGAUGGAAUCAUUGUUUCGAAUUCCCUUAAAAGAAUCUUUGUUCCGCUCCUCUUCGAAAGAGUCUUUGGUGCGGACUUCUUCAAGGGAUUCACUGAACAAAUUGGACUUUGAUUCUCCUGGUCCCGUAUUUGAUCCACCAUCUGAUGUUGAAAGUGAGACAGAAGACUUGCCAGGAAAUCUGGACAGCCUUCCCAAGGAACAGUUGUUACAACGACUGCGUAGAAUGGAACGUAGUUUAGGCAGCUACAGGGGGAAAUACUCUGAGCUGGUCACUGCCUAUCAAGCUGUGCAAAGAGAGAAGAAAAAAUUACAGGGAAUAUUGAGCCAGAGUCAGGAUAAAGCACUUCGCAGAAUUGGAGAGCUACGGGAGGAACUCCAAAUGGAUCAACAGGCCAAGAAACAUCUUCAGGAAGAGUUUGAUGCAUCAUUGGAAGAAAAGGACCAACUCAUCAGUGUCCUGCAGACUCAGGUAUCAUUGCUGAAAGAACGACUGCAGAAUGGCCAAAUAAGUAUUGAAUUGCCUGAGCCAAAUGUUCAGACUGAACUGCAAGUUCAGAGUCCAACAAAAGAUAUCAAUACAGAGAAUGCCCUGCAAUCGGGGAGUCCUGUAGGUGGUGAUGGGGAUUCUUCUAAAACACUAGAAGCUCUUAUUCAGCGAGUAAAACGUCAAGAGAAUUUGCUGCAUCGGUGUAAGGAAACAAUUCGAUUGCACAAAGAGCGCUCAGCACAGCUAACCAAUGAGAAAGAGGCAUUGCAGGAACAACUAGAUGAGAGACUUCAGGAACUAGAAAAAAUGAAGGAUCUUCAUAUGGCUGAGAAGACCAAACUGAUUACACAGUUGCGUGAUGCCAAGAAUUUAAUAGAGCAGCUAGAGCAAGAUAAAGGCAUGGUAAUAGCAGAAACAAAACGGCAAAUGCAUGAAACACUGGAAAUGAAGGAAGAAGAAAUUGCCCAGUUGCGUGCCCAUCUUAAGCAGAUUGUUAUGCAAAGUGAAGAGUUAAAAGAACAGAAAGAAAAGUCUGAAAAAGCUGCAUUUGAAGAGCUUGAGAAAGCUUUGAGUACAGCUCAAAGGACUGAAGAAGCACGCAAGAAACUGCAAGCAGAAAUGGAUGACAAGAUCGAGGCAAUAGAAAAAACAAGUGAGGAAGAGCGUGUGAGCCUGCAACAGGAGUUAACACGGGUAAAGCAGGAAGUGGUUAAUAUUAUGAAGAAAUCUUCAGAGGAACAAGUUACUGAGCUGGAAAAGUUGCAUAAAAGUGAACUGGCUAGCAAAGAACAGAUGUCAAAUGAUAGAUUACGAGCUCAGGAUCAGGCAUUCCAGGAACAAAUGAAGAUGGCUCUUGAAAAGUGCAAGCGUGAACAUCUACAUAUUUUAAAAGAGAAAGAACAUCAGGAAUCAUUAGCCUUAGAAGAAUUAGAAUUGCAAAAAAAGGCAAUUCAGUUGGAAAGUGACAAAAAACUUGAGGAUAUGCAGCAAGAAGUAGAAACCUUCAGAACUAGAAUUCUUGAGUUGGAAAGUUCUCUUGCAAAAUGUUCACAUAAUGACAAAAACCAACUGGAAGAACUGACUCCUCAAGCAGAAUCAGAAAAAAAUAAGCACAAUAAAGAAAUCACUGCCAUGGUUGAAAAUCAUAAAGAAGAGCUAGAGAAGGUGAAACAGAAACAAGAACAACUUUGGACAAAAAAAUUUGACACAUUAAUACAGCAGCAGCAUUUGGAAAUUGAAAACUUGAAAAGGCAACAUGAGGAAGAACUGGCUAAAAUCUUGAAAGAAAAAGAAUCUGUUUUCCAUGCCCAUAUAGAAGAGAUGAAUGAAAAAACAUUAGAAAAACUUGACAUGAAACAGACAGAGCUGGAAGCACUCUCUUCUGAGUUAUCAGAGGCACUAAAAAUUCGUCAAGAUCUUGAACGUGAUUUGUCUACACUAAAAAAUGAUGCAGAUAAAGCAGAGCAAGAGUUUGAGACAAAGCUGGAACAACAGAGAAAUCACCAUAAGGAACAAGUUGAAGUUAUAUUUAAAGACCAGGGAAGUUUAGAGAGAACAUACAGAGAAAAAAUUCAUCAACUUGGGCUGCUUUUGGAAGCAAAAGAGAAAUGCCAAGAAGAGUUGGAAGUACAGUUGAGGAUGCUAAAGGAAUCCUUUAUAAAGGCUGAAAGUGAACAUAAAGAAAAGUCUGCAGAACUAAAUGUCCUUUGCCAGUCCAGUAAGGAUAGUGCCAAAGAACAGACUAGCAUCUAUGAACAGAAUUUAGCAGAUCUGCAGCAAAUACUGGCAGAUGAAAAAGCUGAUAAAUCACAUCUUGAAGAACAGAUUGUAAAAACUGAAUCCCAGCUGAAUGUAGUCAAGACUGAGUUAGACUCUCAGAUAUCACAGGUACAUGAUUUGAAAUGUGAACAGGAAAAACAAAAGGGAGAACAUUUGCAGAAAAUCACCUCUCUGACAGAACACUAUGAAUCACAGUUAAGAGACCUUAGAGAAGAGAUUGAUCAGGCAAAGAGAUGUUUUACUGAUAAGGAAAAUGAGCUUGAACAAACAAAGGGGCUCUUGAAUCAACAAAUCGACAAGCUUGAACAGAAUUUAUCAGCAAAAGAGGAGGAAAUUAAUGCUUUAAAAGGUGACUAUGAAAACAAAUUAAAACAUCAAGAGCGACAAACAGAGAAGGUUAAAGAAAAAGCAAAGGAGAUGCAAGAGAAAUUUAAAAAUAAGAUUUCAGAGCAAGAAGCAAAACUGAAAAAGGAGAUUGAAAACAAACAGUUGGAACUUUGUCAGAAAGAGAAGCAGUUCAAUUCACAAAUUCUGGAAAUGGCUCAUGCCAGCUCAGCUGGAAUUGGUGACGCUGUGUCAAAGUUGGAGAUGAGUCAGAAGGAGCAACUGGAACGCCUGGCUGAAACUCACAGACAAGAGCUAGAACAAGUUGUUCAAACCUGGGAAAGGAAGCUGAGUCAGCAGGCUGAAGAACUUCGGGAAAAGCAUGAAAUGGAGUUGCAAGAAAAAGAACAGGAAGUCGGAGACCUGAAGCACAAACUGGUCACCUUCAGUGCUGAAAGAGAGGGCAAUAGUGCAGAAAUUACCCGAUUAAAGGAUGAGCAGGCAAAGAAGGAUGAAUCCCUGAAUGAGCUUCAAGAACAGCUACAGCAGUCAUUAGCUCAAGUGACUGUUUUGACACAAAAAGAAACUGGUCUGAAAACACAACUUAAAAAACUAGAAGAAGACCUUAGUUUGUCUCUGAAGGAGAAGUUGGCAGUUCAGGAACAGCUUAGUGAAAUAACAGCAGUAGGAGAAAAAGAGAAGAAUAAAAUUAGUGAACUGGCAGAUAAAUUGAAAACCUCUGAUGAGCAUCUCCAGGCUCUGGAAUCCUCACAUUCUAAAGAGCGUGAAGAUUAUGAGAAAAAAAUCAAGGAUAAAAAUUUGGAGCUUCAACAAAAAACUGCUGAGUUUGAGACAUUUGCAAGGGAUGUAGCAAGACAACUAGAGGAUUACCAGCAGAAAACAGAAGCUUUACUGCAUACAAAAACCACUGAACUGACUGAAAAAUGCAAUGAGAGAAUUUCUUUAAUAAAUGCAAGGGUUGUUCAUUGUCAUCAUCAAGCCAAAAAAAUUAAAGAAGCAAUGUUAAUAAAAACCUGUAAAAUUCCGGACCUAGAAACUCAACUUAAACAAGUAACAGAGAGUCAUGGUACUUUAACCGGCUGUUUGCAAGAGUCGAAGCAACAAUUGCAAGAAAAGGAAAACUUGAUGAUGUCUAUGAAAAUGGACAUUGAAAGGCUCGUAACAGAAAAAGAGCAGUUGCAAAAAGAAGGAGGGCACCAACAGCAAGCAGCAACUGAGAAGGAAACCUGCAUCACACAAUUGAAGAAAGAAUUGUCUGAAAAUAUUAAUGUUGUCACAUCCUUGAGGGAGGAACUGAAGGAGAAGUACUCAGAGAUUGUUGAUCUUAAUAAACUUGUCGGUGAAUUAAACCUCAAAGUUGAAAAUGGCAUAUCUGAAAAAGAUGCUGCCACAACCUUGUUAAACAAGCAACACAAAGAGAAUCAACUCCAGUUAUUAAAUGAGGUGCAAGAGUUGACUUCCAGAGUUGGAACACUGAGUGAAGAAAAAGCAGCUGCUCUUGAACAGGUAGACCACUGGAUGAACAAGUUGUCAGAAUGGAAGAAGAAAGCCCAGUUAAGAUUUACGCAGAAUCACAAUACCAUCAAAGAGUUACAAAACAAGGUUGAAUUAAGUAAUAACCAAGCUGGAGAAAAAGAAGAGGAAUUGAACAGAAUGAAAGAAGAAUUUGAUAAACAAGCCAAACACUUGGAACAUUUGAAAGAUUUAAUAGAACAAAAGCAAAUCAGAAGAGAAAAGCAAGAAUCUGAUUUGACUGCCGAGUUAAAAAUUCAAACAGCAAGAAUUGCAGAGUUAGAAGAACACAUUGCUCGGAAAACAACAGAAAAUGAUUCUUUAAUGGAGGAACUCAAAAAGCAUAAUGAAUGGAAGCAAGCUGAGCAAAACAAGUUGGCACAACAGCUUCAGCAGGAUGAAGUGGUGAUUGUGGAAAAGGAUAACAGGCUUAAGGAGAUGGAACAAAAAGUACUGACUCUUGAAAAGCAAAUGCAGACCAUGGAAGCUGACCUUAAGGUUAAAUCAAGAGAACUUGAAGAAACAAAAGUUGCUUUAAUGAAAAGCAAAGAGGAAGAAUUAAAGGCUUUAGAGGGGAGGCUUAUUUCAGAAAACACAACUAAAAUAACAGACUUGAAAAAAAAGGCUGAACAAAAAAUUGCUGCUGUUAGGAAGCAAUUGACAUCUCAAAUGGAAGAAAGGGAACAGCAGUAUAGACACGAUAUGGGAAAGCAGUUGGUAGACUUAGAGCAAAAACUGCAAGACAAAGAGAACAAGAUUAUAUCUUUAGAAGAAAAAAUCAGGUCAGCUGAAGAGUUGGAAAAGAUGACACAGAAGGUGGAAGCAAUAAAGGUUUCCACAGAGCAAGACAAAGUCCAUGCACUGGAGAACAUGCAACAGAUGUAUGAAUUAAAAAUAGAUGCUUUACAAAAGGAAUUAUUAGUAAAAGAGAAAGAACUGCAGGUGUAUAAUGAACAACAACAAAAAAGUGAUGCUUCAAAGCUGGAAGCUCAGAUUCAACAAGAUGAACUCCUACAGAAGAAGCAGGAAGACCUCCUCAUAAUCCAAACACUUCGGCAAGACCUUGAGGAGCAGAUAAAGAAACAUGCUUCAUUGCUUGAACAAUACACAAAGGAUGCUAGUGACUUAGCAAGUAUCAAAGGAGAAUUGAAAACCAAAGAACAAAAACAGCAAGAAAUGGAGAAUGUGAUUGAAGACUUGAAAACAAAGCUGCAAGAAAAGGAGAAAGAUUGGCAGUCCUUACAACAACAAAUGAACAGUUCUGAUGAGAAUUUAACAAAACAGAGAGAACUACACAAAACUGAGAUGGGAAAGAUGAUUUCAACAUAUGGUGACAAAUUGCAGAGACUCCAGCAGCAACUGGAUGAAAGAAGUGGCCUUCUAAAAGCUUUGGAAGAAAGCACAGAAGAAAAGACUAGAUCAGGCCUUGAGCUUCAGAAACAACUUGGUGAUCUGCAGAUCCAGCACAAGGAUUUGCAAGCUAAACUGGAAGAGACAGAGCAGGAGAAACAAAAGCUAUGCAAAGAUCUGAGUAAGCUGCAAAAAGAUUUACGGACUCUGCGAAAGGAACAUCAGCAGGAGCUAGAGAUAAUGAAGAAAGAAUCAUUAGAAGAGAUGGAACAAAAAAUAAAAUGUGAACAGGAGGACACUGAAUUAAAGCACAACUCCACAUUAAAGCAGUUAAUGAGGGAGUUCAAUACCCAGCUGGCACAAAAGGACCGGGAAUUAGAAACAGCUAUAAAAGAAACUAUCGGUAAAGCCCAGGAGGUUGAAGCUGAACUGAUAGAAAGUCAUCAUGCAGAGAUAACUCAACUACAUAAGAAGAUUUUAGAAAAAGAUGAUGAUCUGCAAAGGACAGUGAAAAAAUAUGAAGAAAUUCUUGAGACCAGAGAAGAAGAAAUGACAGAAAAAGUAAAUGAGCUACAGAAACAGCUGGAGAAAUUACAGGAAGAAUACAAACAAAGGCUGGCGGAUGAAGAAAGCUGGAACAGUGGAGAAGUAACAAUAGAAGAGCUUCAGGCCCAGUUAGCCCAGAAGACGACAAUUGUAAAUGAUUCAAAGCUGAAAGAACAGGAAUUCAGAGAACAGAUUCAUACACUACAAGACCGGUUGAAACAUUAUGAGAAGAGUAUGUAUGUCACUACAGUUGGAACGCCUUACAGAGAUGGAAACCUCUGCCAUUCUGAUGUCUCUCUUUUUGGAGAACCUACAGAGUUUGAAUACUUGAGGAAGGUGUUAUUUGAGUAUAUGAUGGGCCGUGAGACAAAGACAAUGGCAAAAGUUAUAACUACAGUGCUGAAAUUCCCUGCUGAUCAAACACAGAAGAUCUUGGAGCGAGAAGAUGCACGGACCUUGUUAACCUCACCUCGCAGUGGUAUCUUCUGAAUAAACCAUCCAUCCUUGCUUUAGUUAGCAUGCGGUCCUGGCUACGACCGUCUUCUUGAAGAACUUGUGACACGUGCACUUUGCGGCAGAUGACACUGCUUUGAAUGUGUGAUCAUAUUUCCAUAUUAGCUCUUUGGGAAAUGGACUGGAGAAGAACUAUUAUUCAGGGUCCCAUGUGAAAAGAGCAAAACUCAGAACUGAUGGGUUUGGCCCAUGAGUACGGUCAAUCAACUGCCUUGAGGAAAGAUUGUUAAUCAGUGGUUAUCAGGUGAUGAGUCCUAAGCUUGGACACAGUUUUCUAUUAAUUUUUUUUUAAGACAAAAGAAACUGAAAUGCUUUGCCUCACUGCAAUAUCUCAAUAUAGAUUUCGCGGGGUAUCUUUAAAGAAUUAAUGGUUUGACUCUCCUAUUUAUUUUUAUUGAGGUUUUUUUGUCUGAAAUAAUUGUGCAACACACUUUGGGUGCAUAGCAGACCUUGGGUGAUUUUCCUGGUAAGUUAAGCCACUGUUAACUCUUCUUCCCAAUUUGAUCUAUUGUUUGCUAAAAGCCACUUAUUUUAAGCACUUGCUUAUAACAAAUCCAAAUUGCAGUACCUCGUUGGUUUAUUCCUAGCUUUUGUACUAUAUUUUGUGGGGAAUAAAUUUACACUCCUGUAAAUUGUAAAUAGUUACUACUUAAUUGUAUCAUAAGCUGAUCUCUGACUGUUGGCAGUGCUAAUCUUGCAGAGCUGGGAGAAAAUAAAGUUCUAUUUACUGUACAA